GCGAAACCACAUGGUCAAAAAGCAUAAAAGAUGGCACACAGGGUGUGUGUAGUUUGUAGAGAGCUAUGGCAACAAGGAUGCGUGCAGGCUGGUAGAGGGUCCUCCCCAAGAUGCCCAGUGCUCAGAAAAUUCAGUGGAGGAGUGGGCAGAGGUCAGGAGGUGUGCAGCAGCGAUGAGACCAUUCGUAACGUUGGUAUAAUGGCGCACAUUGAUGCUGGGAAAACUACCACCACUGAGCGAAUGCUUUACUACGCUGGCUUCAUCAGGAGGAUGGGUGAUGUGGAUGAUGGUAACACUGUGAUGGACUUCAUGAAGCAGGAGAGAGAGAGAGGGAUAACGAUAAACUCGGCAGCUAUAUCCUUUAAUUGGAGCAGUCACCGAAUCAACCUCAUAGACACUCCAGGACACGUUGACUUUACCUUCGAGGUUGAGCGGUCACUACGAGUGUUGGACGGUGCAGUGGCCAUUCUGGAUGGCUCUGCCGGAGUGGAGGCCCAAACUAUCACCGUUUGGAGACAGGCCAAUCGUCAUGGCAUCCCAAGAAUUGCGUUUAUCAACAAAAUGGACAAACCAAAUGCAAACCUUGUUGACUGUGUGAGAUCAAUAGAGGACAAGUUGGAUACCACACCGCUGAUUACACAACUGCCUCUGGGUGCUGCUAAGGAUUUCACUGGGGUUAUCGAUCUCGUUACCAUGGAACUCCUGGUAUGGGGAAAAGGGGGAGACGGAUCACGUUUCACUCGAUUACCGCUGAUACCAAAAGACAAUGAAAAUAGAACUGGAGAUUUUACCAAACUCAGUAGAUUAUCGGAGCUGGUUAAAGACACUCCCCUGAAUGAACGAGGGAUGGAGGAAGCUUUGGAGGCUCGGAACAACCUUGCUGAACAGGUGAUCACUCUUGACAAUGAGCUCAUGGAGAUGCUUGCGAGAGAUUCAUUGGAGCCCCUUACUAUCAGUGACCUCCAUCUCCGCGGUGGUAUCAGGCGAUUGACCCGGGGGCAGUUGGUCACGCCCAUCCUGUGUGGGAGCUCUCUGCGGAACAUUGGAGUCCAGCCGCUCAUGGACGCUAUAGUGGAGUACCUACCCAGUCCCCUGGAGAGAGGAGUUACUGUGCCUGAAUCUCUGAAGGAUUUGUAUGCGUAUGCGUUCAAAGUGAGCUACGACAGGAGGCGUGGUCACAUGGUGUACCUGCGUAUCUACUCGGGGGAACUGAAACCACAGAACACAGUUCAUAACAUCACCAGAAAAGUGGACGAGAGAAUAACUCGAGUAUUGCUUAUGAUGGCGGACGAGCAAAAAGAAAUGCAAUCCAUGGCUAAAGGAAACAUUGCCGUAGCUGUCGGAAUGAAAAAUACGUAUACAGGUGACACCAUAGUCCUGUCCUCUACAGCUGCUGCCUCGGCCAGUGCAGACAGCACCUCUCUGAGUUUAGAAGUGCUGGACUUACCUCCUCCUGUCUUCUUCUGUAGUGUGGAACCGUCCUCUGCAGCCUACCAGAAAGAUCUUGACCACGCCCUUUCCUGCCUUACCCGAGAAGAUCCGAGUCUCAGAGUGACUGUGAACGAGGACACGGCCCAAACAGUCCUCUCUGGAAUGGGGGAGCUACAUUUAGAGAUAGUCCACGAUCGGCUGGUGAGGGAUUAUGGAAUAGAGUGCUCCCUCGGUAAACUGCAGGUGGCGUAUAGAGAAGCUCCGACAGUGUCCAUCACUAAAGAAGUUACAAAGGAGCAAACCCUGGGCGGAAAGAAGCACACUGUUACGUGUACAUUAACUGUGGAGCCGGACACUGGAGGUAACCAUGGAGACAAGCCACUCGUCCAACUCAAAACUGGGAGGAGUACGAUUGGAUUGGGGCACAGCAAAGCAGAGAUACUGGAGGCUGUGGUAGCAGGUGUGGACAGUGCUUGCUUGCAAGGUCCCCUGCUGGCAUUCCCGGUACAGAAUGUGGGUGUGUCCGUGACCUCCCUCUCCCUCGGCAGUGUUACGUCACUGACUGUCCUCUCGGCAUGUAUUGCAGAGGGUGUGGUCAAAGCGUUGAGAGAAUCAUGCUCACAGCUGCUUGAGCCGUGUACUGAGCUGGUUGUGAGUGUACCAGAUGAGCAGUUAGGGCCAGUGCUCAGUGAUCUAACAUCUCAGCGACGAGCCCAAGUGAGGGAGGUGGCUGUUGCCAAGGAUACCAGGGUCAUACACGCAUUGGUGCCCCUCGCUGCACUAAUGGGUUAUUCCACUGCACUGCGAUCGCUGACGAGUGGUACGGGCACCUUCUCAGCCACCUUUACCCAUUAUGAACCAGUUAGCAAAGAGCAGGAAAAAACUAUUAGAGACACUUUUAGAGGUUAUUCUUUUUAGGGAGCUUUUAAUGUUUGUGCUGUGUAAUCAUGUGUUUACCUGUUCGUUGUAUUAACAAAUACCAAAUUUCAUACGGUAGUAUAAAUUCA